GCGCUCUCUCGCUCGCUCGAGAAAAUAGAAGACGCGCUCGUGAGACGUCAGUUGAACAUGGCGUUGAGCUGUCAACGGUCACCAGUAGAGAGGAACUGACGCUGCCACGGUAACAGAAAGGAACUAACGCUGCUAUGGCAACAGCUCUAAUCUGACAACCAUCGAAGGGGACUGUGAGCAUAUAUUUAUCUGCGUUUCAAUCAUCUACCUUUUUCCCCUUCCUGCCAUUUCUUUCGGACUAAAAAAAGGGGGGCGGAGGAGCAGUGGAGUUGACAGCUUCAGCCUCAGCCUCAGCUAACAUUUACAAACGUGGACUUGACUACAAAAUGUGGAGCAACCUUUCAAGCCGACGAUAACCUACCUAUACACGGUGCGCGUGAACUCAAGAGCUGUUUAAUAUCGACAAUAAUAAUAAUAACAACAUGAUGAUACCGUCGUGAUCUGUUGCUCGUAUUAUUUUGAUACUGUCACUUUAAAAAUCCGACUCACCUGAGCGUCGUAUGCUGCUUUCAUAUCGUGUUAUAUAGUUUACAGUCGGAUUUCAUAUCGUUAAAAAAGAAAAAAGAAAGAAAGAGAAAUGUCAGACAACCAGAGCUGGAACUCCUCCGGCUCCGACGAGGAUCUGGAGCCCAGAGAAGAGCCAGGACAGCCCGCUGGUAUCGCCGAGUUCAGCGGUACCCUCAGUAAGUGGACAAACUACAUCCACGGCUGGCAGGACCGCUGGGUGGUUCUGAAGAACAACACUCUGAGCUACUACAAAUCUCAGGAUGAGACUGAGUAUGGCUGUCGGGGUUCCCUCUGCCUCAGCAAAGCCGUUAUUACUCCUCACGAGUUCGACGAGUGCCGGCUGGACAUCAGCGUUAACGACAGCGUGUGGUACCUGAGAGCGCAAGACCCCGAACACAGACACAAGUGGAUCGACUCCAUCGAGAUCCACAGGAGUAUCAGAGAAGGAAGGAGAGAGAAGGGAGGAAUCCAGGGAACAAUAAUCAUCCCUCCACCACUGGCUGAUUCUGGAUAUGGCUCAGAGUCCAGUCUGCGGAGACACGGCUCCAUGCUGUCUCUCACAUCAGCCACCAGCGGCUACUCCGCAACCUCCACAUCCUCCUUCAAGAAGGGCCACAGCCUGAGAGAGAAGCUGGCAGAGAUGGAGACUUUCAGAGAUAUCCUGUGCAGGCAGGUGGACACUCUGCAGAAAUACUUUGACAGCUGUGCAGAUGGUGUGUCCAAAGACGAGCUGCAGAGAGACAAAAUCGUGGAGGAUGAUGAGGAUGAUUUCCCCAACACUCGGACAGAUGGAGAGUUUCUGCACAACAACAACGGCAGCAAAGAAAAAUUGUUCCAGGCCUUGAGUCCCAAGGGCAUUAAUGGCAUAGACUUUAAGGGGGAGGCCAUCACAUUCAAGGCCACCACAGCCGGGAUCCUGGCCACUCUGUCCCACUGCAUCGACCUCAUGGUGAAGAGAGAGGACAGCUGGCAAAAGAGACUGGAUAAGGAGAUGGAGAAGAGGCGAAGAAUAGAGGACAGCUACAAAUCAGCCCUGAACGACCUGAAGAAGAAGUCUCACUUCGGAGGUCCAGACUAUGAGGAGGGUCCUAACAGUCUCAUUAAUGAGGAUGAGUUUUUCGACGCGGUUGAAGCUGCUCUCGACAGACAAGAUAAAAUAGAAGAACAGUCUCAAACCGAGAAGUCAAGAAUCCAGAGAUCCAGUCCGGUUCCUCCUGGAGACGUUUACUCCACCUCCGGCUCUCACAGAUUCUCUGAGAAGCCUCAUAAUCAGUCCUCCCCUGCUCUGAUAAUCAGGGCUUCUCCUCAGGAAGUCCACAGAUUCAGCACUGAGGUGGAGGAGAUGGUGCAGAAUCACAUGACCUACUCCAUGCAGGAUGUAGGCGGAGACGCCAACUGGCAGCUGGUGAUAGAGGAGGGAGAAAUGAAGGUGUACAGGAGAGAGGUGGAGGAGAACGGGAUUGUUUUGGACCCUCUGAAGGCCACACACUCAGUAAAGGGGGUGACGGGUCACGAGGUCUGCCACUACUUUUGGGACACUGCCUACCGCAACGACUGGGAGACCACUAUUGAGAACUUCAACGUGGUGGAGAAGUUGUCUGAAAACGCAAUAAUUACAUAUCAAACGCACAAGCGGGUUUGGCCUGCGUCUCAGAGGGACGUGCUGUACCUGUCUGCCAUGAGAAAGGUCCUGGCCAACAACGAGAACGACCCAGACACCUGGCUGGUCUGUAAUUUCUCCGUGGAUCAUGACGAGGCACAGCCGACCAACAAGUGUGUCCGAGCCAAAAUCAACAUCGGCAUGAUCUGUCAGACCCUGGUCAGCCCACCAGAGGGCGAUAAAGAGAUCAGCAGAGACAACAUCCUGUGUAAAAUCACCUACGUUGCCAAUGUGAAUCCUGGAGGCUGGGCUCCUGCCUCCGUGCUCAGGGCCGUGGCGAAGAGGGAGUACCCCAAAUUCCUCAAGCGCUUCACCUCCUACGUUCAGGAGAAAACUGCUGGCAAACCCAUUUUAUUCUGAGGCUCACAGAGAGCAAGAACUGAACUGCACGAGAAGCUUUGAGGACCCGACAGCUGCUCUGCUGCCGUGAACAGUCCACCUCCUCAACAGAUUUUGUGUUUUUUUUGUUUUUUUUUAAAUCGCUACAGGUUGUUUUAGUAGAGGAGGGAAGGUCAUGAUGGCGCCCUCUGGUGGCUGCAUUCAAACAUUGACAUUAAUUCAUAUUAGAGCCAUUUAAAGGCUGCAUCAUUUAAAAAAAAGAGAUUUAAUUGAGCUUAUAUCAUUUAAAAAAGAAAUGAUAACCCCCUUUCGUCUUCUUUAAUUGAUAAAAUAUUGUACUUUUGAGUAUUAUAGUAGAGAUAGUAUUAUUAAUAGACACCUGAAUAAGAGUUUUUAUCAGUCAGUCUUGGAUGAAUGCACUCAACAGCGGGCUGACGUGUCACUUUCCCUCCUCUCUCUCUCUCUCUCUCUUCUUCUUCUUCUUCCUCUUCUCUUAGCCGCUCGUAACGCCACAGUUUUUCUUUCCAGCUCCUGUAGUAGACAGACGUAGAGCGGCCAGCAGAUGUAUUAAUAUAUAAAUGUACGUAUGUUCCAUAAGAGGUUUGUACAAAAGAAAUAUAAGCAGAAAAAAAGAAAAGAAAAAAAACUCUUAACGCUGAUAGACUGAACUAUUUUCUUCUCGCCAUUUCUAGUUCCUAUUUUGCGUUGGA